UCAUCCACCAUGCCGACCAAACGCUGCAAAAGCAAAGAGUCCUUGGGGCGCAUUGCCCUUUUGAAGGAGUUCUUCAAAGAUUUGUGCGAGGAAGAGAAGGUAAGAGAACGGAAGAAAGAGAUCAAACGUACCAAGAGUAGCAAGGUCUUCACUUUUGUCGACCUACCUGGAGCGAAGCCCAGGAUCUCAGAACAGAAGGUUGUGCGCCCGUUCAAUUAUCGCUUCUUGAAGUCCUACUUGAGCACCUUCGUGGGCGAUUUGCCCACCAAGCUGGAGACAAGGGAGGUCCUAACAUGGGCUUCAAAGAAUUUUGGCCUCAAUGACUUUUCACAUGAUGAUCAGCACGAGGCGUGGGCAAAGACGGAGGGCGACCUGAUUCGAGGGUUGGCAAUGUACGUUUGCAAUCUUCGCCAGAGGAACAUCAAACACAGGAAAGGCCAUGAGAAGAUGGGCGUCCUGAAGUCCAUUGUCAAGAUGCGGCUGCAGGAGCUGAACUUGCUGCAGGAUAACGACAAGAAGGUGCCUACGAAAGGCCGUUCGUCAUUUGAGGUCCUCAAGAAGCACAAAAAAAAGGGUAAAAAGACCAACAAAGAGCCACAGACGAAGGUAGAGAAGGUUUCAAGAAAGAGAAAAGAUCAGGAGGAAAGCCAGCAGGUUAGCAAGCUGCCCAAGACCAGUGUUGCAAAAAACCCAGAUCAGAUGGACACAAUCCCCAUGCUUUCAGACUCGCAGGUUCCAGGUGAUACAUAUGAAGAGUCCCAACCCGUGGAUCUCGAAGGCACCCCAAAGGAGUCACAGGAGGUCGCCGACGUGCCAGCGGCAAAGGCAUGUGUGGGAGACCCUGAGGAAGAAGGGGGAUCUGGCAAGGAGGGGGCAGAGGAAGAGGAACGAACGGAUGAUGAGGUGGUUGAUCCUGCCAUAUUUUUUCCGUCCCCGAUGGCACCACCACCUGGCGCGCCAGAAAACCCACCUGUUCCACCACCUGGGUCCUCACCUGGCCCCAUCUCUUUAGAUACCCUUGACAGUGAUGAAGAUCCGGACUUCAAAGAUAACAAGAAAGCUAUGCAAGCACAGUCCGCUCGAGGUGGUCAGAAGGACCGAGAAGCUCUAGCCCCUCUACAAGACCCGCCCGAUGAUGACUUGCGGCAAAUGAUUGAGUCAGCUAUCGAUGAUAUCAACAAGUCUACUGAAGGUCAUGACACGGAAACUACAUUGAGUCGAAACCUACUUGAGGCGCAGAAGAAGUUGCGUCAGGUUUUGCGGUCCAAGUUCCAGAAGGCUGGGAACCAAAAGCAGGGAGAGGAUGAGCAGGAGGAUGCUGACAGGGAGUUCAAGGAUGAUGACGAAGAUGAGGAAAAACCAAAGAGGAAGGGCAAAGGGAAAGGUAGGGGCCGAGGUAGAAAAACAGAGGGCGGAGACAACAAGCCUGGGAGGGGAGGCAAGAAACCGGCAGAGUCAGGACAGGAGGAAACUUCUGCAGCUUCUUCAGGGCAUCAGCAGGCAGAAAGAGACAAAGAACAAAUGUACAUGGACAUGUUGGACAUGAAGUUUUUAGAAAAAAAGGCCAAAGAGGCAGAACAGAAGGCAGAGGAUGAUGUUAUUGAGACUCAGAAGGCGAAAUCAAUGACAGAAGGAGACGAAGAUCAGGAGGAAGCAAAGCCACCCAAGGCUCCCACUCGAAAGACUGCAUGUAAGGCCAAGCCUACCCCGAAGAAGAAGAAGAAGAAACCUGACCCCCCAUCGACUGAGCCGAAGACCCCAGAGAAAAAAACGGAAAAGGGUAAGCAAGCAGCCUCCCCAAAGUUGGCCUCCCCACAGUUGACCCCUCGUAGACAGAAGUUGAAGAGAACAAAGAGGUAUCAGGAGGAGAACAUCGCCAUUCUGAACCAGUGGCGCCCCCACCUGCGCUAUCUCAGCUUGCCGGAAAAUUGGAAGGAGAAGAAGACUUUUACCCUUCAACCGCCUGAAGAUCUACCGCACAAGUCUGAGGAGACGGUUACUUCCAUCCAAGUUUUGUUGGACCGCGGGGCAGGCAACUUCUACAUCAUGCCUGUAUCCAACAAGUCGGGUGAUCCCUUCAGCUUUGCAGCCCCGAACCCUCGGCAAGCGCUGACGAAGCAUUUCCGCACCCUGAAGCUGCCCAACACGGCAACUCAAGAUGACGUGCGGAAGGCCUACAGAAAGCUGGCCUUGAAGUACCAUCCAGACAAGAAUCCUGGCUCACGAGCUCACGAGACCUCAGAAAUCUUCCGGGAGAUUGCGGAAGCUUACGAGGCUUUGCGAAAAUUCUUUGAGACUACUUAAGUGAAGCAAAA